ACCACUUCAUCAUCAUUAGCAAAACUAAAUUGCAUUUUACUACCACUUUCAUGGAGACCUCUUUCUUACUCCCUUUUUCACUCAUGCUUUUAAUUACUUUAAACAUCUUCUUCACCCUCACCUCAUCUUCAUCACCAACCGAUAAAGAUGCUCUUCUUGCUUUCAAAAAAGCCAUCACAGUCGACACGAAUGGCGUGUUGAGCAACAACUGGCUCACCAACACUUCCAUCUGUGAUUGGGUCGGUGUCUCAUGUGGCAUCAAACACCACAGGGUCACGGCCCUCAACCUCUCCAACUUCGCCCUCUAUGGAAGCCUCUCCCCACAUCUCGGAAAUCUAACGUUUCUUCUGUCCUUAGACGUCAGCUCCAACUAUUUCACAGGCGUCUUACCUGCUGAGCUGUCUAAACUACGCCGUUUGAAGCAAGUAAAUGUGACAUACAACAACUUCAGUGGAGAAAUACCAAGAGGUAUCCUUACAAACAUGUCUGUAUUGGAAUAUAUUGAUCUGAGGUUUAACAGCCUUUCAGGCGCGUUGCCAAGUGAUAUAUGUAAUAAUACUCCGAAACUGAAGCAAUUAUUGCUUAAAAUGAAUCAAAUCUAUGGAAAAAUUCCAAGGAAUAUACAUAAGUGCAGCAAGCUGGAGGAGUUGAGGUUGUCAAUGAAUAUGUUCAGUGGAAACAUUCCAACCGAAGUUGGGAAUCUUAGUAUGCUUACAACUUUAUCGCUAUGUUCUAACGAUCUCCUGGGAAAUAUUCCAUCUUCUAUUUUCAACAUUUCACGGUUGGAACUCAUAGCCCUCAUUGGCAAUAAAUUGUCUGGAAGAAUACCCACUAAUUUGGACAAUUUACUCAACCUCCAAGAGUUGAGUCUUGCCGGGAACAAAUUAACAGGUUCCAUACCGAAGCAAGUUGGUAACCUCACUUCGUUAAAAAUACUAGAUCUGGGUAGCAAUAAGUUGACAGGUGAAAUUCCAAACUCUAUCACCAAUGCCUCUCAGCUUUUUGCUAUAGAUAUGCAGAAUAACUCAUUCACUGGUCCAAUCCCCGACUUCUGUAAAUUAAGCCUGCUGGAAUUCCUUAACCUCAUGGAAAAUAAUCUGACCGAAGCAGAAUCGCCAUUUCUCUCGUCUUUAACAAACUGUCGAAAUUUGAUGAUCUUGGGUAUUAGUAACAAUCCAAUGAUGAAGAGUAUCUUUCCAGCUUCCAUGGGGAACUUAUCUGCUUCUCUUAUCAUCUUUUUAGCAUCUAACUGCAGCAUCAGGGGCUUUAUUCCUCCUGAGAUUGUAAAUCGGAGGAAUUUGCUGGCUUUGGAUUUAUCCGACAAUCAACUCACAGGAUUCAUCCCAACUACAUUUCCUAUGGGUUGUAAGCUUAAGUUACUCGACUUGAAUGGUAAUAAGUUGGAAGGAGUGCUACCCAAAUCCCUCUCCAAUUGUCGAAGUCUGCAUCUUCUUCAUAUUGGAAACAACAGAAUACAAGACACCUUUCCAGUUUGGACGGAAUAUCUCACUGAUCUUCGCGUCCUCAUAUUGAGAUCCAACAACUUCAGCGGUACCAUUUCUUCUCUCACUUCCAAGGCUAGGCUUCCAUUCCCUAACCUGCAAGUUUUUGAUGUAUCCCAUAAUGCAUUCAUUGGCAAUCUGCCCCAUGAAUAUCUGAGCAAUUUCAAAGCGAUGAUGGAUGUACAGGAGAAUCAUCGAGGAUCAUUUUAUAGUAAUUCAUUCACACUAAUAGUGAAAGGUUUAUAUCAAAUAUUUCUGAGAUUAACAAACAGCCCAACAAUCGACAUGUCAUCCAACAAAUUUUCAGGCAGUAUCCCAAACUCCAUUGGAAAUUUGAGGAAUUUGCAGGUCUUGGAUCUAUCCAACAAUCAACUCGCAGGAUUCAUCCCAACUACAUUUCCAAAGGGUUGUAGUCUUCAGUCAAUCGACUUGAAUGGUAAUAAGUUGGAAGGAGCAUUACCCGAAUCCCUUUCCAAUUGUCGAAGUCUGGAGGUUCUUGAUAUUGGGAACAACAAAAUGCAAGGCACCUUUCCAGUUUGGACCGGAAAUCUCUCUGGUCUUCGCGUCCUCAUAUUGAGAUCCAACAACUUUAGUGGUACCAUUCCUUCUCUCACUUCCAAUACUUCUCUUCCAUUCCCCAAGUUGCAAGUUUUCGAUAUAUCCUAUAAUGCAUUCAUUGGCAAUCUGCCCCAUGAGUAUUUGAUGAAUUUUAAAGCGAUGAUGGAUGCACGGAAGAAUAGUCAAGGAGAACUAUGUCGAUGUUCAUUUUAUACAGAUUCAUUCACAUUAAUAGUGAAAGGUUUGGAUCUAGAAUACAAGAGAAUUUUGACAACCUUCACUACAAUCGACAUGUCAUCCAACAGAUUCUCGGGCAGUAUCCCAAACUCCAUUGGAAAUCUGAAAUCCUUGAUAUAUUUGAAUCUGUCUCACAAUUGCCUCACACGAGGUAUACCUGCAUCUCUUGAAAAUGUUGCGGAACUCGAGUCGCUGGACCUGUCUUCAAACCGAUUGGAAGGGGAAAUUCCAACAGAGCUAACAAAGCUCACAUAUCUUUCUGUGAUGAACCUUUCUAUGAAUAAUCUUUCAGGGAAGAUACCUCAAUCCAGUGGCCAGUUUUCCACAUUCGAAAAUACAUCAUAUGUUGGGAAUUCUGAACUAUGCGGAUUUCCUUUAUCACGAAAAUGUGAAGAGCCUUCGCCUCCAGUGAUGCUGCAAGAAGAAGAAGAUGAUGAUGAUGAUGAUGAUGAUUAUGGUAUUCUAGAUGGAUUCUGUUGGCAGGCCAUUGUUUCAGGGUAUGGAUGUGGAUUCGUAAUAGGUGGGAUUGUGGGUGGUCUGGUUCUUGGGUAUGGAAGGCCUAAAUGGUUGUUGGAAUGGAUCUACAGAUUUUACAAGAUAGAGAAGAGAAGCCGUAGAAGAAAUGUGGCACCACAAAGGAGAAGAAGAAGAUAAGAAGGUUGAGCUUCAAUGUACAUUUACUGUAUUGUUGUUUUCUAAUAUUUAUUUGCAUGUUAUGUUGAACUUACUAAGUGAUGUUGUAAAUUUAUGAUGAAAUCACACCCUUAGCCCUUA